GCGGAAGAAAGCGCGUGGAGAGGACACCUACCUCUCUUAUGUGUCCCUCCCCUCCCUCCCCCUCGCAUCCGCAGCAGGGACUGGCCAAUAAAAGACGGCAAACACGUAAGCGUCGACGGAGGAUGCUCAGUGUGAAGCGGCGUCGUCUCGUCUCUCAGCACCGCUCGCGUCUCCCCAGCCACCGAGUGCAGCCCGGGCCCGAACCCCGUCUGAACACCGGCUCUCAUUCAUCCUAGCCGCGACACAGCACCCGGGGAGGUGAGGAGGUCGGGGGGCGGCGGCCAAAAUCGUAGCAAGUCGGGGAUCUGUACUAGGAAGGUCAUCGCCUCAAGAUGUUGGAUCCGUCGUCCAGCGAGGAGGAGUCCGACGGGAUGGUGGAGGAGGAGAGCAAGGAGGUGAUGGCGCCCCAGGCCGGAUCCCGCAUCUCCCAGAGCAGGACCAGCGAGAGCUCGGGCGGACUGGCGCCGAGCAGCAGCGGCCGCAGCAGCGCCCGCCCGACCAGCCCCAGCCCGUCGGCCGCCAGCGAGGAGAAGGACGACCUGGAGAAGCUGCAGAGGGAGGAAGAGGAGCGCAAGAAGAAGCUGCAGCUGUAUGUGUUCGUCAUGCGGUGCGUGGCGUAUCCCUUCAACGCCAAGCAGCCCACGGACAUGGCGAGGCGGCAGCAGAAGAUAAGCAAGCAGCAGCUUCAGCAGACCAAGGAUCGCUUCCAGGCCUUCCUAAAUGGAGACACGCAAAUUGUGGCCGAUGAAGCAUUCAUCAACGCUGUGCAGAGCUACUAUGAGGUGUUCCUAAAGAGCGACCGCGUGGCUAAAAUGGUCCAGAGCGGAGGCUUCUCGGCGAGCGACUUCAGGGAUGUGUUCAAGAGGCACAUCGAGAAGCGCGUGCGCAGCCUCCCGGAGAUCGACGGCCUAAGCAAGGAGACGGUGCUCAGCUCCUGGAUGGCCAAGUUCGACACCAUCUACCGCGGCGACGAGGAUCCACGCAAGGCCCAGCAGCGCAUGACAGCCAGCGCUGCCUCUGAGCUCAUUCUGAGCAAGGACCAGCUGUACGAGAUGUUCCAGAAUAUCCUCGGCAUUAAAAAGUUUGAGCACCAGCUGCUUUACCAAGCUUGUCAGUUGGACAACUUGGACGAGCAGGCCGCACAGAUCAGGAGAGAACUGGACGGUCGUCUUCAGAUGGCCGACCACAUUGCACGGGGAGGAAAGUUCCCCAAGUUUGUGUCGAAAGAGAUGGAAGCCAUGUUCAUUGAAGAGCUCAAGUCUUCAGUCAAUCAGCUGAUGGCCAAUCUGGAGAGCAUGCCCGUGUCCAAGGGCGGAGAGUUCAAGCUCCAGAAGCUGAAGCGAGGCCACAACACCUCCAUCAUCGACAUGGGCCAGGAGGACGAAAACACUCUGUCCAAGUCUGAUGUGGUCCUGUCCUUCACUCUCGAGGUGGUGAUCAUGGAGGUGGUGGGGCUGAAGUCUUUGGCUCCUAACAGGAUUGUUUACUGCACCAUGGAGGUGGAAGGAGGGGAGAAGCUCCAGACUGACCAAGCAGAAGCCUCCAAGCCAACCUGGGGGACCCAGGGGGACUUCACCACCACACACCCUCUGCCUGCUGUCAAGGUAAAACUCUUCACAGAGAGCACAGGAGUGCUGGCGCUGGAGGACAAAGAGCUGGGCAGGGUUGUCCUACACCCGACUCCUAACAGCCCCAAGCAGUCAGAGCUGCAUAAGAUGACUGUGACCAAGGCUUGCCCAGACCAAGACCUCAGAAUUAAACUGGCCAUUCGCAUGGACAAACCCCAAAAUAUGAAACACUGCGGGUAUCUGUGGGCCUUUGGCAAGAAUGUCUGGAAGCGCUGGAAGAAGCGUUUCUUUGUACUCGUGCAGGUGAGUCAGUAUACAUUCGCCAUGUGCAGCUACAGAGAGAAGAAAUCAGAACCACAAGAGCUUCUCCAGCUGGACGGCUACACUGUGGAUUACAGCGACCCGCAACCUGGCUUAGAUGGCGGUAGGGCUUUCUUCAACGCGGUGAAGGAGGGCGACACCGUGAUCUUCGCCAGCGACGACGAGCAGGACCGCAUCCUGUGGGUCCAGGCCAUGUAUCGGGCCACCGGCCAAUCCCACAAGCCCGUCCCACCCACUCAGGUCCAGAAACUCAACUCCAAAGGGGGUACCUCAGCCCAAAUGGACGCUCCCAUCUCUCAGUUCUAUGCUGACAGAGCUCAGAAACAUGGCAUGGAUGAGUUUAUCUCCGCUAACCCCUGUAGCUUUGACCACGCCUCACUUUUUGAGAUGGUUCAGCGGCUCACGUUGGAUCACAGGCUCAGCGACACCUUCUGCUGUUUGGGAUGGUUCAGCCCGGGCCAGGUGUUCGUCCUGGACGAGUACUGUGCCAGGAACGGCGUGCGGGGUUGCCACAGACAUCUGUGUUACCUGGGAGAUCUGCUGGAGAGGGCGGAGAGUGGCGCCAUUAUCGACCCCACUCUUCUACACUACAGCUUUGCUUUUUGUGCCUCCCACGUGCACGGGAACAGUCUCUUACCGUCCUUAUUAUUCAUCCUUCAUGCGUCCAUUAAAGUCAGAGAGGGCCACAAUUACUGGGGGCCGCUGGCCUACGAGGCCCUAAGGAGCCCUAAGAGCUCCCAAAGGCCAAAUGCUGACACUGGCUCUAAACGAGCGCACCUCAUAUUCAAGUUUAGAAAGAGAAAGGAUUCCAAAGUCUGUCAAGAUGCCAUCAGGCCGGACGGGCUCAGCACCGUCAAAGUGGACGAGAAGGAGCGUUUUGAAGACAUCAAGGAGCGUUUACGUGUGAUAUUGGAAAACCAGAUUGUAAAUUUCAGAUAUUGUUUCCCCUUUGGUCGUCCUGAAGGUGCACUGAAGGCCACUUUAUCUUUGCUGGAAAGGGUCCUGAUGAAGGACAUUGUGACCCCAGUCCCACCAGAAGAAGUUAAAGGAGUCAUCCGUAAAUGUUUGGAGCAGGCUGCUAACCUCAACUACCAACGGAUUAAAGAGUAUGCUAAGAUCGAAGGAAAAAAGAGGGAAAUGUAUGAGCAUCCUGUCUUCUGCUUGGCGUCUCAAGUGAUGGAUUUAACCAUCCUUGAGAAAGGUCAGAAGGAUCAGAAGGAUCCAGAGAAUGCGGCCCGCUUAGUCACACCUGCCAAGAAACUGGAGGAAACCAUUCGCCUGGCGGAGUUAGUCAUCGAGGUCCUCCAGCAGAACCAGGAACACCACGCUGAGGCGUUUGCCUGGUGGACCGACCUCAUGGUGGAGCACGCCGAGAACUUCCUGGCCCUCUACGCCAUCGACAUGGACGCCGCUCUGGAGAUCCAGUCGCCUGAGAGCUGGGACAGUUUCCCGCUCUUCCAGCUCCUCAACGAUUUUCUCCGGACAGACUAUCAUCUGUGCAACGGAAAGUUCCACAAGCACCUCCAGGAUCUGUAUGCUCCUCUGGUGGUUAGAUAUGUGGACCUGAUGGAGUCCUCCAUCGCUCAGUCAAUACACAAAGGCUUUGAGCGAGAGUCCUGGGAGCCUGUAAAGAGUUUAACAAGUAAUCUGCCCAAUGUGAAUCUACCAAAUGUCAACCUCCAAAUUCCAAAAGUACCAAAUCUGCCAGUUCCAGUAGCGGGACUAUCAGUUAACCUUCCACAAAUGCCUAGCUUUUCUACCCCGUCGUGGAUGGCUGCUAUAUAUGACUCUGACAACGGCUCUGGGACAUCCGAGGACCUGUUCUGGAAGCUGGACGCCCUCCAGACCUUCAUCAGGGACCUCCACUGGCCCGAGGAGGAAUUCGCCAAACACCUGGAGAGCCGCAUCCAGCUCAUGUCUAGCAACAUGAUUGAGAACUGCGUCAAGCGCACAAGGAUGGCGUUCGAGUCCAAACUCACAAAGAGCAGCAAGUCCACAGAUUUCCGCAUUUCUCCAACCUUAUGCACCAUGUUCAACGUGAUGGUGGACGCCAAGGACCAGUCUGCCAAACUGUGUGCGAUGGAGAUGGGCCAGGAGAAGCAGUUCCACUCGCAAAUUGACGAGCUGAUUGAGGAAAGCGUGAAGGACAUGAUCCAGCUCCUUGUUGCAAAGUUUGUUGCCAUUCUGGAGAGCGUCCUGGCCAAGAUAUCCAGAUAUGAUGAAGGCACGCUCUUCUCCUCAUUCCUCUCUUUUACGGUGAAAGCUGCAUCCAAGUAUGUGGACGUACCUAAACCCGGCAUGGACGUGGCUGACGGCUACGUGACCUUUGUGCGCCACUCUCAGGAUAUGCUGCGUGAUAAGGUCAAUGAGGAGGUGUAUAUAGAAAGGUUAUUUGAUCAAUGGUACACGGCCACCAUGAACCUCCUGGGCACGUGGCUCACGGAGCGCAUGGACCAGCAGCUGCAUGUCUACCAGCUCAAGAUCCUCAUCAGGAUCACUAAGAAAAAGUACCGUGACUUCCGCCUGCAGGGCGUCCUGGACUCCACGCUGAACAGCAAGAUGUACGACACGGUGCGUAAUCGGCUGACGCUGGAGGAAGCCACGGCGUCGGUGAGGGAAGGAGGCAUGCAAGGCAUCUCCAUGAAGGACAGCGAUGAGGAGGACGAGGACGACGACUAGAAGCCCCGCCCCUUAACGCUCUUUAUCACAUUUUGACUUUAGCCUGGUUAACCGAUUGCAUGUAUCAACUCAGAUAGCCACUCUAGGACGUCUUUGUCAGCUCCACAUGAAGGAACCAUAAGAAUAAUGUUAAAAAAAAAUACAAAUAGUGCUUUAAUGAGGAUGAAAAAAAUGUUCCAAAAUAAGCGUUGAUUGGCAGUUUAGCUGUGUCAUCAUUCAUUUCUACAUUCCUUUAUGUGUUACUAAGCAAUAUGGAAGAAGGUGAGUGUCAAUGCAAAUGAUGUAAGUAUAUGACGCUUCUCUGUGGUACUCAUUCAUGUGUGUGUGUGCGUGUGCGUGUGUGUGUGUGUGUGCGCGCUCGGACCCACUCUUUGUCUUGGCUUGGGAAGUGACGAGUACCCUCAGUGUUUUGUUUGUGUCCCACCAAGACACGCUUUGACCUUUGACCUGAUGUCCAGAUGCAAUAUGCUCCGUUUUUUGAUACUGUAACUGGGGGAAAUUCUAUUUUUCUUUCUGACAUUUUGAAAAAAAAAAAAGGUUCUCUUUGAAUUGAGUUGCACUUUUACACAGAAAACAAAGGAGCAAAAAAAAAAAAAGUAGGUUUUUUUUAACGAGAAUGAGAAAAAUAACGUCGGUCUGUCUUGUCGUGUGUGUAACCGUGUAGAAUGACACGUCUGCCAUCGUUUGUUGUUCUGUAUAUAUGAUAUAAAUAUAUAUAUAAAUAUUCAAUGCUGUACAUUGCAUUCUGAGCCAUCGCUGCAUGCCUGUGGGUUACAACCUUCAACCACUUUUAUUUAUUCUGUGUGUCGACUAGCUGGUGAGUUCAUUCUUGCUUUUUGCUUCGUUUUUGCUUUAUCAUCGCCAACAGUUGUAAUAUGCAAGAGCUGUGGCCUCCAAAUAAAAUUGUACAUGU